GGUGGUAAUCUAGAAGGCCUUGUGGGAGGAACCAUGGCUCUGAUGUUCCACAGCAGCCCCGGGACAGCCUUAAAUACGCAGAACCUCAGACACGCUUCAGAUCGCUGCAGAUCACCCGCUCAGUGAAGAUGAACGCCUCACCUGCGCUGCGCUGCUCAGCAACAUUGCUGCUGCUAAUUCUGGUCAGCACAUCCACUCUGCGCGGUAGCGAAGCGCGUGCUCGGAGCUGUUGUUUGAAAACAAGUAAUACCAAAAUACAGAUGAAGCUACUCCAGAGAUAUGUCCUCCAGAAGAAACCCCUGUGUAACCUGAAGGCAAUUAGAUUUAUAACUGUGAAGAAUACCACAGUCUGCUCAGAUCCAUUCUCACCGUGGGCCAUCAGGGCGAGAGAGUACUUGGACAGGAAACAGUUGGAACAGCCAAGAGGAACUUCACUCCGAACCCCAGCAAAGAGACCAGGGGAACAGAGUCUCAGCACUGUCACUAACAGAACUCUACUUCAAGUUUGACUCAACUUAUGACCACAUGAAAUUCAUGAAUGACUGGCCAGCAGUUGCAAUGUAGGUAGGCUGUUGAUUAUGAAAAUGCACUUUAUUCUCUCAGGAUUUGCAAGUUUCAGUUUCAUAUUUUUAUAUUUUCGUUUUAUACUUUUGUUUAUAUUUAGUGUUAUUUUUUAA